AUGGCCACUGCGCCGCGCAAAGGCCCGCUGCCGCUCUCGUGCGACGCGUGUCGCGGUUGCGCAAAGAAGGGCAUCCGUUGCGUAACCUCCCGCCUGCCUCUCUCCCAGCGCAUGCGCAUCGGUCCCCGCAUCGAGGCGGCAAAGGCGCUCUGCGGCUCGACCAACCUCGCGCCGACCAGCCCGCACCAGCAGCUCGUCGCGAGCGCACUCGCCGGCGACAUCAGCUACGAGCUUCUGAGCCUGUACACCGAGGCGGGCGGCGGGACCGGUCCGCCGCUGUACGCACCACCCGUCGCCGACUUUGUCGGGCUUCAGUCUCGGUUCGACGCUGCAGGCAGGAAGGUCGCGGCACUGUCGAUCGAGGAUCAGCUCCUGUUCCGCGUCAUCUCGGCCAGCUCGGCGCCAUUCCUGUCGUCCAAGGCGGCAAGCUCGUCGUCCAUGGCUCGGCAGCUCCUCGAGGUCGCCCAGUCGAGCGCCGACGCCCUCGGCGUCCACCGCAAACCGACCGUCGCCCACGUCGUCUCGCUCCUCCUCCUGCAUCAGGCCGCCGGCCGAGGCGAGAUCGCGACAGACGACGCAGACACCUACCUGUCGAGCGCGGCUGCGCACGUUCGCGCUUUGCGGCAUCGAGCGCCGGUCGCCAUCUCGGGCCCGACGAGCGAGAGCACCUCGGCCCUCGUCUGGGCCGUCACCAUCUUUGACGCAUGCUCCGCCGUUGAGCGCUCUGCUCCACCGUUCCUGUCCGGCGGCGACUUUGACGAGCUCUUCCUCGGCGGCGCCGGCUUCCUCACGACGCAAGAUGCCCUCGAAGAAGCGCUACGACUCGACCCCUGGUCCCUCACUGGGUUCCUCGUGCAGAACCUCCUGUUCGCCCUCGUCCUCCUGCGCCGGCUCGCGCUCUUCCUCGACCAUGCGCGCACUGUCCAGACGGUCCUCGAUCGGUCGAGCGAGGUCGACGACAUGAUGGCGACGAUGGACAAGAUCUACGAGUGGGGCAAGAUGGCGUUCGGCGUCGUCCAGGUGCACCAGGACCCGCUACAGCGUGUCGUCGCCCUCAUUUACCUCAACGGCACAUACGCCUCGACCCUCUUUGCCGAGCUCGCGAUCCUCAAGCAUCUCGAGCGACUUUCGGAAGAAGACGGCCGCCGCAAGUUCCCCUCAUCGCCCGCAACACUCGCGGCGCUGCACCUCGACCGAGGACGCGCAAGACUGCAACAUUCGGCAUGCACCUACCUUCGAGUCGCUCGAACAACGCCCGAGCCCAACUAUGUCGCCAUCCAGACCGGCACGUUCUGGUCGACGUCGCGCCUGUGCGACAUCGUGCAGGCCGUGCUCUCCGCCUCGGUGUGGGACCAAGCUCUCUUUCCCGACGGCCCGCAGGACAAGCUCGAGACCCUCAACUUUCUGCAGGCGACGCUCGACAGCCUGCAGCGCGCCUACCCCGACAGGCCGCUCGUUCCCGAGACGCUCAACUCGAUCGCGUCUGAGGUGGUCCUGCUACAGAUGCUGCUCGUCGUCCCGCCAGAACCUCGACCAAUCCUGUCCUCGAGCGCGUCGACCCUCUCGGCCCUGCCCUCGCUCACCCGGCUCAACUCGUGGGUGCACGUCAACGACUCGAGUGUCGUCCAGAUCGUCAUGGUCCCCCUCAAGCACCCUGUCGACGGCUUCGCGGGCCCUCUCGUCGAGCCAGGACCACCUUGCCUCGCCCCGACGCCGUACCACUGCAUCCCGACGCCCGAUACCGCCCCUCUCGAGCUCCAGCACGCCCCGACGUCCCCCUCAAGCUCUCCCGCACCUGUCGAUCUCCUCGUCGCCUCCCUCGACCCGACCUCGCUGCUGCUCGCCACCCCUCCUCCCCCUCCUCCGCCUUCUACCGCCGACGUCGGCUUCUCGCCUCUCCCCCUCUCUCUCGGCAUGCGCUACUCGUUGUCGAGUGCCGAGUCGGCCGAAUCGUGGGAGACGGACUGGGUCGACCUCGCGGCGGCGGCGGGCAUCGUCGAGCAGGCCUCGGACGCACUCGAGCGGUGGCCGGCGGGCGAGGUUCUGCAGCAGUUCUAG